AUGCGGAAGAGGUCGCCAAAAAGAAAAAGAAAAAGGGAAGUGCCCGAGUUCGCCGAAGCCCCCUGGCCGACGAUCAUUGGACAGGGCCUCAUGUGGGUGCAUGCACGAAACCUGAAUUGGAUCCUCAGUCAAAAUAUGCUCGAUGCUGUGACAUCCCGCGCAAAUCCAUUGGAUGCCGGACCCGGCAAUCACGAUAUGGAGAUCGACGCAGGCUGCAUCUGGCCGAGCUCUAGCGCGGCAGGCAAGGAAAGAAGCUUAUUCGCUCUUCGUCGAUACCAGCACUCAAAUCCAGAUUCCGUGAGACUUGUCAAAGCCGUUGUAACGGCAGGCUGUCUCGUGAGCAGGCAUGAUCCCGUGUUAGCAUUGGAUGAGGGGGCCGUUGGAUGA